GUUACAAUUAAAAUAUGUCAAAUACCGGGAAUAAAAAUACGGAAGAGCCUAAGGGUGCUUUAGAUGCUGUAUUUGUAGAAUCAGUAGAAAUGCCUGAAGGCUCAGUCCUCAUUCAAGGUCCUGAUUUUAAUAAAAAGCUAUCUCUCUCUGAACUAUUAGGUGCAUAUAAGCAAAUUGGUUACCAAGGUAGUAGUCUUGGUGAAGCUAUUGAAAUCAUUAAAGAAAUGAGAAAAUGGCGUCUUUCUGAUGAACCUAUUCUUCCUGAUGAAACUAAAGAAUAUCUUGACCCUGAAGUUCGAAAGCAGACAAAAUGUAAAAUAUUUUUGGGCUUUACAUCUAACUUGGUUUCUUCAGGUUUACGUGAAAUUAUUAGAUUCUUAGUUCAACAUAAGAUGGUAGAUGUACUUGUUGCUACUGCUGGUGGUGUCGAAGAAGACUUUAUCAAGUGCCUUGCCCCAACCUAUCUUGGUGAUUUUAAUUUGAAAGGAAAAGAGCUUCGUAAGCAAGGGCUUAAUCGUAUUGGUAAUCUUUUGGUACCUAAUAAUAAUUAUUGUAAGUUUGAAGAUUGGAUUUUACCUAUCUUUGAUGCAAUGUUAGAAGAACAAAAGACAAAAGGCAUUAUUUGGACACCUUCUAAGAUGAUUGAUCGUCUUGGUAAAGAAAUUAAUGAUGAGUCAAGUAUUUAUUACUGGACUUGGAAGAAUCAAAUUCCUGUAUUUUGCCCAGCUAUUACUGAUGGGUCACUUGGUGAUAUGAUUUAUUUCCAUUCUUAUAAAAACCCUGGAUUGAUUGUAGAUAUUGCAGCAGAUAUUCGUGCUAUGAAUAAUCAAGCCGUAUUUGCUAAAAAGACAGGCAUGAUUAUUUUGGGAGGUGGCGUCAUUAAGCAUCAUAUUUGUAAUGCGAAUUUGAUGAGAAAUGGUGCUGAUUAUGCAGUUUAUAUCAAUACUGCUCAAGAAUUCGAUGGUAGUGAUGCUGGUGCUCGUCCUGAUGAAGCUGUCUCUUGGGGUAAAAUUCGUGCAGACAGUAAAUCUUGUAAGGUUUAUGCAGACGCUACUCUUGUUUUCCCUCUCAUUGUUGCUGAAACAUUCGCUAAAGAAUAUCAUGAAUCUUCUAAUAGUAAAUAAUUAUUUACUACUACUGUAUAUUACUAUUACAUUCAUAAAUAAACUCAUAUAGAUAUAGAGACAUCAUUUGUAUAAUAAAG